AUGGAGAAUCAACCCGCACGCACACCUCGAGAGCUCUCCAUUGCCACGAAACCGUGGCACCAUCAAGUCAAAGAAGGCAGGACCUUGUACGCGCGGUACCAAAUGACCGAAGCUCAACCAUGCGAGCCAUCUCAGCUGCCAAUGGUGUCUCCAUGGUGUGAACAUGUUCAAACGCAGUGCAUUUUCCUGACCCCCGAAAUCUAG